GUAUCUCCCCAACCCCUUCACCCUAAAUUCCAGCCAUGGCUACCAUGUCUGUCACUUCCUGCUCACUCCCUCCGCUACUCUCCGGCGAGGUGUCUCUGAGUGACGAAGCAUAGGCUGAGUCAGAGAUCGCACCAACCUAGUGUGUCAACUGAUUUGACGACUCAGCUGGAGUCUUUUUUACGCGACGCCACGCUUUUGCCGUGCUUUGCUGUAGCUCGCAUUCUCGGGCUUCGUUUUUUCCAGGACGAAUACAGGCCCUAGAGCAAGUAACCAAAUCACGCCUUCGGAAAAACCAUGAGCGGUCCCGUCGUGCUCUCAAGCUCCGGUUUAAAUCCGGCUUGCGCUUCUCGAGCUCAGAGCAGCAAUUCCAUGUCGUUAGCGUCUUCUCCGCUUGCACUAAAGCUGGACCUCCCUCCUCUCAAGUUCAAGCCCAUGACGAGUCACGCUAUCUCUAUCCCUCUCCGCCAUGGCUCGUCUCUCAAUGCCCCUCUCCACGGCUCUCAGCGUCGCACGUUUCGCCCGACGGAGUGCAGAAUUCGCCAGGGGAAGAAAGCCGUCGCACAGCUGUCGCAACUGUCGCAGGCCGCCGUCGCGGUAGAGGUGGAGGAGGAAGUGGACGUGGGGAUCAUGCAGCCUCGCGAAAUUCACCAUUCGCAGUUACCACAUCACGAGUCUCCAGGCACCCCUUCCGGUACCCCUCCAGGCUCCCCUCGUCGCGGAGCCGGCAAAUCUGCCGGCUCCGGUAAAACUACCGGCGAUCGCGCCGGAGCGUCCAGCGUGUCAUCCGGAGUGCGGCUCGAGGGGGUGACUAAGACAUUCAAGGGAGUGCAGCUGUUAACGGACAUUUCUUGGGAGGUUAAACGCGGGGAGCGGGUGGGUUUAGUCGGCGUGAACGGCGCGGGGAAGACCACCCAGCUGAAGAUUAUAACGGGGGAGAUUGAGCCGGACACCGGCGUUGUGCUUAAAGCGCGGCCGAACAUGAAGAUUGCGUACCUCACGCAGGAGUUCGACGUCGUCCCUUCGCGAACCGUUCGCGAAGAGUUCCUCUCCGCGUUCCAGGAGCAGAUGGAGAUUAAAGACCGCCUGGAGGAGGUUCAAGCCGCGCUGGAGCGCGCUACGGAGGACAUGGAGUUAAUGUCGCGGCUCCUAGACGAGUUAGACGACCUCCAGAAGAAAGCCGAGGCGCUCGACUUGUACAGCGUCGACGUGGCGAUUAAUAAGAUGAUGCCUGAGCUCGGGUUCGGCCCGGACGAUUCGGAGCGGCUCGUGGGUUCUUAUAGCGGGGGGUGGCAGAUGCGAAUGUCUCUGGGGAAGAUUCUGCUACAGCAGCCGGAUUUGUUACUUCUCGACGAGCCUACUAAUCACCUGGACUUAGACGCGAUAGAGUGGCUGGAGAAGUACUUAAAGCAGCAGGACGUCCCCAUGGUAAUAGUCUCCCACGAUCGCGCGUUUUUAGACCAGCUUUGUAAUAAGAUCGUGGAGACGGAGAUGGGGAUUAGUAUGACGUUCCCCGGGAAUUAUAGCGCGUAUGUGGCGGCGAAGGCGGAGUGGAUCGAGGCGCAGCGGAUGGCGUGGGAGCGGCAGCAGAAGGAGAUCGCGCGCACGGAGGAGAUGAUCGCGCGGCUGCAAGGCGGAGGAAAUGCUGGGCGCGCUUCUUCCGCUGAAAAGGCUCUGGAGCGGAUGCAAGAGGACGGCGCGGUGGAGAAGCCCUUCGAGCGCAAGCAGAUGCGGUUCCGCUUCCCCGAGCUGGAGCGCAGCGGGCGCAUCACGGUGCAGGUGGCGAACCUGUCGCAUAGCUACGUGCAGAAGAACGGAGAUCAGAACGAGCUGUUCGACAAGGCGAAGCUGCAGAUCGAGCGCGGGGAGAAGCUGGCGUUCAUCGGGCCCAACGGGUGCGGCAAGAGCACUCUCCUGCGGUUCAUCAUGGGGUUCGAGGAGCCCGAGCAUGGGAUUGUGGCGCUGGGGGAGCACCGGGUGGUGCCCAACUACUUCGCGCAGAACCAGGCCCAGGCGCUGGAUCUGGAUAAGACGGUGCUGCAGACAGUGGAGGAGGUGGCGGAGGGGUGGAAGAUGAACGACAUCAAGGCGCUACUGGGCAGGUGCAACUUCAAGGGAGACACGUUGAGGCGCAAGGUGGCGUUCCUCAGCGGCGGGGAGAAGGCCCGCCUGGCCCUCUGCAAGUUUAUGGUCACCCCGGCCACACUGCUGGUGCUGGACGAGCCCACCAACCACCUGGACAUCCCCACCAAGGAAAUGCUCGAGGAGGCAUUGCGUGAGUUCACCGGCACAGUGCUGGCUGUGUCGCACGACAGAUACUUUUUACGGCAGAUCGUGAAUCGCGUGGUUGAGGUGAAGGAUAAGAAGCUGCAGGACUACAGUGGUGACUAUAAUUAUUACCUGGAGAAGAACCUGGAGGCGCGGCGCAAGGAGCUGGAGAGAGAGUCGGAGGUGGAGGCUGCUGCGCCUGUGGUGAAGGCCAAGAGCAAAAUGAGCAAGGCUGAGAAGGAGCUCCAGAAGAAGCAGAAGGCGCAGGCGUUUCAGAACAAGCAGGCGCAGGGCAAGGUGAACAAGAAUGCCAAGCGAUGGUCGUAGGAGCAGCAGUGCCAGUGAGGCAUGUUGAGAGAGAUUGUAGGAUGGAUACCUGGGGUACAUGUUGAGAGAUCGGAUGCAUGCAUGCAAAGCGUUUUACAACAGUGGGGUGGUCUGUGUGUAACUAAGACAUCCAUAAGAAUAAAGACGUACUCCUGUCCUGUGCUCUGGAUUUGGCUGUAAAUUGUGUUUGAUGGUAAUUUGGGACGAGGAGGUAGACAGAUCCCACAAGGUCCACCCAUUUAUGUCGGGGAGUUAGGAGCAAAGCGCGUACUUCCAGAUAUGGACGAAAAAGCCAAGACAAGUCUCACGUGAUGAAUUGACUCUGUCGCAAGUGAGGCAUCAGAAUAGGGUUUAGGGUGAUGCGAGAGGAUAAUGACAAGGCAAGAGGCGAGCGGCUCUCGCUGGAGGAGAGGCGACGCGAUAGGAGAGGCUUUGCGGUAGGAGAGAGGGGACGCGAAGGAAUGUAGCGACUCGAUAAGAGAGAGGCCUCGCGGUAGGAUAGAGUGAGACGAGGCGAGGGGAGAGAUGUGAGCUGAGAGGAGAGAAGUAAGGCGUGAGGAGACAGACGACGCGGGAGGACAGAGGCGACGCAAGAGGAGAUGGGCGGAUCGAAAUUCGAGAGGCGACGCCAGAGGAAAUAGCGACACGUGGUGAGAAGAGAGAGUUUCGGGCUCCAGGACCAGCACAAUGGCGCAUCCCAGCAUAAACUCCCUCGGCUACGCUUUCUUUUGCGGAAUGCAACGACUGGGCCUUUGUGCUCAGAUUCCAUCCCAAAAGCAGCUACAAAAGACUAUCACCGGCACAUGCAUGAUCUAGGCAAUGCAGCAAAGUGUAUUUUGAGCCAUUGGCCAAACCCAAUGACUUUCACUAGGUUAGUUGAGAAACUGUCAGGAGGCAUCCCGCCUUGCAAUAUCGGCAUGGAGGGAAAUGAGAGCCACAUCUUCUCCCACAACCCCCCACGCACAGUGCAUGUUUGUAGUAUUACACAUAGAAUGUAACAUGCUAUCAAAAUAUGAGUAGUAAAGCUCCGAGCUAGUU